AUGUGGCGUGGACUGAUAGUGGUCUUUUGCAUUGUCUACGGUACGGUCGGAGCACCGAGCCUGCAAGAUGGCGAUAUAGCGAGCGUCGCGUCGCUUCGUCGGGACGUCCAUGAACCAUUGCCGUUCGCCACCGAAGUCGAGGACCUGCUGGGCCAAGGAAAUUCACCGGCGAACGAUCAAGCCUCUAAAAAGCAUAUGAAAAAUGCAUCUGGGAAAUCGGACGAGGGUGGGUACUACAAAACGUACGGCAGCGACGCCGAGGGUGAAAAGGGUUACUUGACGGCAACCUACAGCAAGGGCAAUCACGGAUACAAGAACCUCGACACCUUCCACAAGCAAGAUGGCGACAAAUACGCAUUCGAGAAGCACAUCGCCUACGGCACGGCGCGGGAUGGCAAGAAAAGUGGCCACAACGAGGAUUCAGCUUCUGGUUCUAACAAGGGUGGCGACCACGAGGGUGCAGGAACAAUCGUGGAUUCUCAUUACACAGCCGACGAAGGGGAUCACGAAGGACACAGUAGCGAACACGAUGAUGGUGAUCAGAGUAGCUAUAGCGAAGGUGCUCACUACACGGAUCAUGGACCUGAAUCGUCGAGUUACUCACAUAGCGAAGGCUAUGCAACCAGAGAUGGUGACCAUGGUUCUUACGAAAGCCACAGCUCGUACUCCAAAGACUAUGGCGACGAGGACGGAAACCAAGGUGGCCAUUACUAUUAA